GAAUGUUCUCACAUAAUCUACGUAACGCUAUUGGAAAACAUGGGAAAACAGCAUCUGUGCAGCAAUACAAGGAGGCAGGAAAAGUGAGCGCUGUGCGAUCAUGCGUGUCAGGACUUGGGAGGUGGACGAUUCCCAUCAUGGAAGGCCUCCUCAGUAGUUGCUUGAGUGUCGUGGAAGGUAGUUGUGCAUUUCGGCGUUCCUCGUUCCCGUCACUAAUCGAUUCCUUGAAGACUUUUAAACAAAUUUUCCACGGGACUAUUUAAAUUGCAUUUUUUUUAAACUGCCGAAAGAAACUGGAAUGUGCUUAAAAUGGAACUUAAAGGUUGAUCGAAAACUACUGACGGGCGAACUAAUAGAAGACAAGGAAACCUAAGACAAGGACAUAAUAAAACCUUCGGAAACUCAGAAGAGUUCAAAAGAAGCACUUUCUACGUGAACAACUCAUGUUAAAACGCACAAGUGACAGAUUUAAGGACUCGUGGAAAUGCCCAGUCUUUGGAUGAUACUGAACUGAGCUUCCACGUCAAGCUGCUUACUUUGUCAUCAUAGAAAGUACCACUGGGAGAGAAGAAAAUAUUGUGGGGAGUGAAAAGCACAGUUUUACACCAAAGCUAGGGAAUAAGGCUGCCUCUCACUCACACAAGUAACAUUAUGUGAGGGUUCAAGAUUUAAGAAGAGCAGAUGUGUGCAUUUCGAAAAAGGGACAGCCUUCCUUAAUAGAUACUUCAGUAUAUCGAGAAUUAACGAAAAAUCAAAGUGAUGAAGAACGACUGUAAUAGCAUAUAUUUAUAUUUUCCCAUUCUCUUAGAACGCGUAAUGUUUUAUAGAAUACUCAAGAGUUAAUUUCUUUUUAUAAAAUCAGAUAGAGUAAAAAUCAUGUGUCACUGUCACAAAUGGUGCAGCUUUAUGGUGCUGAUAAGUCUGCUGGUUGGAUUAAAACGCGCUCAUCAAGAUGACUACGCUUCACUGAGACCAAAGAAGAAAGAUGGGCUUUCAGGAUUACCAGAUUUUCAAACUGAAGGACCCUUUAAUAGCACAGAAAUGAUUUACAACCAAACUGACGAUGAAUCUCUCGAGGAAGAGGAGGAACUGCGCCACUCUGAGACAUCAUUCACAGGGAGAAAUGAUGGCCAGACCUCUGCAGCAAGAAACGAAAGCAAUCUGUGUGAAUGCAGCUCGUUGGACAUCAGAUUACCCCAGAUUAAGGACAACGUGAAAGAGGGACCUGAAGGUAAAGAAUGGGGAACCAAUAGCGAGUUGUGGAGGGAAUGCCCUAGGCUUCACGUUUCGCCAAUAGUCCAGGAAGGCUUCCAGCGCGCUGUUUCUCUUGGCAUACAGCGCUGUGCUGAGCUGUGGUGUUACCACGUCCAGGCCAGCGUGACACGCCAGCACCUUGGAGGAACAUACCACACCAUUGAACUGGGCUACAUCGCCGAGGAAGAUCACCAGUGCUUCCUAAACAUCACUCGGAUGGUGAUCUUGCAUCACUCGUGGCCCAUGUGCGCCAGCGACUUCAUUUGUGCCACGAACCACUCCAUUUUUGAGAUGUCUGCUUCAGACUGCAUGCCUCGGCAUUGCUUGGCUGCUGAGAGCGUCGUGCUCAUCUUCAUGGUUCUGGUGUCUGUCUGUAUUGUGGUCAUGAGCGUCGUUAUAAUGGUGGUCAUAGUUCUGUGCCCCCAGUUUCACAAGCCCAAGUAUUACCUGAGAUUGUCUCUAGCUGCAACUGACUUCAUCAUAGGCAUUGUAGUCUGUGGUCACGCUGCCUAUAAUCAGUGGGUGGGAUUGACAGAGGUGCCCCUCGAACGCUUUCCUCAUUAUGCCAACCUCAGGGAAAGCCAGUUGUUCAGACACGUGCCCAAUUGCUUAUGGGGCGUCUCGGACAUAUUCACACAGAUCAGUGGCUUCUUCGCAGCCUCCAAUAUGAUUAUUUCUUUGUACACUUUAUCCCUGAUGAGUCUGGAUCGCUAUCUCUUACUCACGAGGACCCACUAUCGUUCUCUGGUCACAUCUCGCAGGGUGACUGCAGCCCUGGUUGUUUCCUGGUGCUGUGGACUCAUCGUCCCUUCACUACACUUCGUCUACAGGCCACAAAAGCAGCACGAAUUGUGCAUCAACUAUGACACUUCACCCCUUGAUGUUCACAUCAUCAACAACGAGAGCAAAAUAGCGACGGCGGAUUACAAAGUGUAUCUUAAACAUGCCGUUCCUCUGGGUGUAACUCUGGUUGUAUUGGGCUUGCCCGUCAUGGCCAUGUUCUUCUUCUCCUUCAGAACCCUCAGGAAAUACAACUCCUACACGCGAGACCACUCCGUGCGCCAAGUGAAGUCGGCCCUCCAGCUGACCCAGAAUCACUGCUCCCUUUCCCGCCAAGUCAGCUCGACCAGUCUCUCGACCAUGGUGAACCUCAGCGCCGCCGCAUUGCCAAAUCCUCCUCCCCACUGCCUUGACAGGAAGAAGAAGCAGAAAUCUGGUUCCUCUGACGUGCCAGGUUACAAGCUCAAGUUCACGUUCAAGAAGAGCGACAAGGGAAGCAGCGACCGAGGCAAAUUCGUGUAUGACCAGGGAGUGAAUGUAAACAAAAUGUCCACAUCCACGUUCAUUGAAAGCUCCGUGGCGCCCACGGGACUCGGUAAUGGUGUCGUUGGUAACGGAGACUCCAGUGUUGAUUAUUCCCAAGUCCUUGAAAAAGAAGAAAGGGCUUCCAGAUGGAACUUACUAGCCUUGUUCUCACAAAAUUGCAAAUGGAAAAUGCCCAAACAUUCGCCAAGGACGCCAUCAAUAGGUAAGCAUUGGCUGCAAGAUUAG